UUCAAAAAUGGCGCCCGUCGUGUUGGCAUUUCGAUAAAACACAAUAUUUUUGAACUAAACGUAAAGUUGCAAACAAAUUUCAGACAGAUAUCACAAAAGUCGAUGAAAGCCAUGACUUGUGUUGUUUAUUGUACAUGGUAUUAACGGUACAAUGUCAUGGCUAGGUGGAAGUUUGACAUCCAUUACCGGUCAGCUGUCAAACCUCACCAAAGAUAUACUUACAGAGGGAACUCAGGAAGUCAGUGACCAUGCCACGGAACUGAGGAUCGCUCAGGAAAAGAACGCCGAAUGUCAGAACACUAUAUCAACCAUCAAAACUGAGAAUGAACAUCUUAAAAGACUCAACCAUGAGCUGGAAGAGAAGGCCGAGUCAGCAGAGCUUCAGAUCAACACCAUCUCCAGGCAGUACCGUCAGAUGCUGGAGGAGAGUGAGAAAAAAAUUAAUGAGCUAAAGCACAGCCAUGAGGAACUUUUGCAGCAGCAAAGAGCAGCCUUUGCCCAUCAAGACAGCCAUGAUGGCCGAUCACCUACCUCCACCAAAGAGGGCCAUCCACUAGGCUUUGAGCAUGGUCAGUUCAGCAGUGAUGGCUUGGACUUCGGAGACAAUAUAUCCAUGCAACAUGAGAUCAACCGUUUGAUGUCUGAAGUAAAGCGAUUGAAGGCGGAAAACAAACACUGGCGGUCUACCAAUGGGAGCAAGGAGGGAAAAGUACCGGAAGUUGAAAACCAGCAUGUGGCCCUGCAGGAUACCAUCCAGGAGCUUAAGGAGCAACUACGCCAUGAGAAGGAACACCAUCAACAGGAAACCAUUCUUCUCCAGGACAUGCAGUCCCAGAAAAUCACUGCCAUGCACAAGAAAUUCAAGGCGGAAGUUGCGCAAUACAAAGACAAAGUUCGGGAGCUGGAACAGAGUGCGGGGCAAGAUGGUAACUUAGCAGAAUUGGAAGCCAAACUGGAAGAGUUGCAGAAGGACCAUGAUGCAUUAAUUGCCCAGAAAUCCAAAACAGAUUCUCUGUUGCAGCAAUGUCAACAGCAGUUACAAGAAAGAGACAAAGAGCUGUCUACACUAAGACUGGAAAAUGAAAAGGUCUCUUCUCAGCUCCACAAUGCCAAGUACCAGCUACUGGACCAACUGGAUGCAAACCAUGCCCAGUCUAUUGACCUAAUGUGUGACCUCCAGGAGGUGAGGAGGAACAUUUCCCAGAAUGCAAUAGUCCGCAGAAAUGCUCUGCUGAAAGAGAGGCAGGACCUGGUUGAUCUAAUGAUCGAAUCGGGUAUUCAGCAAAAGAAUAUCAACACAUCUUUGGAGAUUCUGGAGGCUGAGCGGGAACAGGUGGCGCUGGAGAGUGAGCACAUGUUGUCAGAAAUUGGCAACACGGAGCACCAAGCUCUCACGAAAGAUAUUGUUGAUUCUAUUGAGAAAGAAAACAUCAUUUUGAAGAAAAAGAAUCUAGAAUUGCAAGAACAGAUUGAAAUAUUAGAGAAGGCUGUCAAAACUUUGUCAGAAGAGAAGCAAAGGGGGAAACAGGAUGAGGAAGAAAAAGUUGACGAGGGAGAGGAUGAUUGGAACACUGCAGAGAUUUCAGAGUUGAGCAGUAAAAACAGUGAACUUGAGUCACGAUUAAAAGAACAGAUGUCCAGUCAUGACAGAGAUGUAGAGGAAUUUGAAACCUUGAAAGCUGAUUGGAUGUCUGAGAAAGAGGCUCUAGAGGAAGCUCUAUUUGAACUAAGAGAAAAGCUGAAGGAAAGGGAGACAACUUUCAAUGUCCUAGAAGCACAAAAGGGUCUGAUGAAAGUGGCCCAGGAGAGGGCUAAUGACCUGAGUGACUCGGAAGAGUCUAAUGAAAGUAGUAAUGGUGAUAUAGGGGCAGAUAUUGAAAAAUUAGAUCAUAAAGUGGAUCUUCUGGCUCAGGCUAAUGCCCAACUUGAAGAGGAAAGAGAUGGGCUAAUUUUGGAGAAGGAAAAGCUUGAAAAAGAACUCUCAGCAUUGAAAUUGGAUCUAGAGUCAGGCAAUAAAGAUGGUGCAUUUUCAAGAGAACUAGAGGAACAGAAAGCUGUCAUAGCCAGCUUGCAGGAGGAAAAGGAAGGACUGGAGACCAGUUUAGAAGAACUAGACAGUCAGCAUGAAGAAGCCAUGGCACAGGUGAUCAAUAUUCGAAAUGAACUACAGAAAAAAGUCUCAGUAUUUGAAAAAGGAUGUGAUGAAAAAGACUUGCAAAUCAAAGAUCUCGAAAAAACAGUAGACCGUCUUCAGAAAGAGGCUCAGCAGCUAGAUGACCUUGAGGAAGAAGUGUUUAACCUUCGAGAGAGUAAAGAGCAGUUAGAGACUCAGCUUCAGUCACUUCAGUCCAAAAAAAGUAGCGACCAAAGCAGUAAAGGUUGUGAGAAGUGUAGAGAGUUGAGACAGCAGCAAGAAAAGGCUGCAAUGACCAUCAAUGAACUCCACAUGGAUGUGAAAGAGUUAGAGGACAAGCUGGUCAAAAGUCAGAAUGAAGUCAAAGAUAAGGUGUCCAAAGUUAAACAAGCCAGAGAAAGCAAUGCAGAGCUGCAGAAGGCCUUGGAAGAUUUGACCAGUAAAUUGCAGGCUCAGGAAGAGGAGUUGAGGAGGUUCAGAGAUGAGGGUGGACAGAAGGAGGAAGCGGAGACACUUCAGCAGCAGCUUAAUGAGAAGUCAGAGGAGAUGAAGUCUGUGGUUACAGAGCUGGAGGAGGUGAACUCUCAUCUAACUGAGUACAUGGAGAGACACACCAAACUGCAGAUGGAGAAUUCAGAACUUAUCUGCAAAAUCUCUGAAAGAGACAACCAGGGUAGGGAAAAUCGAGAAACUAUAACUCAACUGAAAGAGGAAAACCAGGAGCUCAGUGAAAGACUAAAAGAAAGCAACAAUAAUUCGGAAGAAUUACAAAAGAAAAUCAAUGAAUUAGAGGAAAAGAGUGAGGAUUUAAUGAAAGAUUACAAAGAAAGUAUGGGCCAAAAAGAUAAUGACUUGCAGAGUUUGAAUACUCAGAUGGAGGCAUUAAGAGAUGAGAAAAAUAAUGUACAGAGGGAACUCGAUCAACUUGAGGGAGUCCUACAGCAGAAAACAAAGCAUUACGAGAACUAUAUUCAAGAGCUGAAGAAGGGACAAGAGAGUGAUUCAAGUUCCUUACAAUCAGAGCGAAGCCGUCUGCUGCAAGAAGCACACGAAAAGGACAUGAAGGUUCUUAACCUUGAGGAGGAAAUUAAAUCUCUGCAGAGUGAUUUGUCCGAAACCAAGGAAACCCUGCAGUCUUCUAUUGACGGUCAGCAGGGAAUAAAGGGGAUACUGGAGGAAAACGAGGGAACUAUUAGAGAACUUAAAGAAGAAAACUCUAGUUUGCUUGAAGAAAAAGACAGACUGAAAGACACUGUAAAAGAACAAGAGGUAAAACUUCAGAAUUUGGCUGCAGUGGAACAACAGUUGCUCAUUCUUAAUGAGGAGAAGAACACAUUGAGUGAAGAAUUGAAGAAGUCGAGGCAGACAUUAGAAACCAAGGCAGAGAAAGAAGCUAUGCAGGCUCAGACUUUGGAAGUCAUCACUGAUCUAGAGUCAGAGUUAAAUAUGUCAAUGGAGAAAAUAGUAAGCCUGGAGAAAGAGUUAAAACAACUCACUGAAACUGUUAAAGAAAAAGACAGGGAAAUUACUACUUUGAAAGAAAGUAAUUCGGAAUAUUUGAAAAAUGCAGAGGAGAAAACUGAUUCAUCUAGUCUUCUAGUUUUGGUGGAAGAAAAGGAGAAGAGAAUUGCAUCAUUAGAAGAGGAGUUGAAUGAAUUGAAGAAGACAGUAAUUGAACAAGAAUGUGGAAUUGAAGAAUUGAAUGAAAGAAACUUGAGUCAUUUAAAAGAAGCUGAAGAGAAGAGUAAGCAUAUGAUUCAGCUUGAGACCAAUGUUGCAGUUCUCAACCAAUCUGUGUCAGAGAAAGAUGAUGCCAUUGUGGGUCUGCAGAAGAAAUUAAUGAGAGCUGAAUCUCUAGUGGAGUCAGGUAAACAGCACUUGUUGACAGAUGAAGAAAAGUGCAUGGCUGUAGAGCUUGCUCACCCUCGAUUCCUGGCCGUUAAAGAUGAACCCCCACAGGUUGAACCACAACAAGUGAUGGCAACAACACUCUCUGGGGAGCAUGAUUCCUCAAAUCCUGAAGUUGAGAUUUUGACAAAAGAAAAUGAACGUCUGCUGUUGGAGAAUCAGGAGUUGAAGGAGAAGUUUGAGGAGGACUUGAAUUCUUAUAGCGAGAGGCUGAUUCAGUUAGAAGAAGAAAAUGAAAGUCUCAAGCAAGAUUUGAAAGAGAAGAGUGAAGAAUAUGUAAAGUUAUGCAAAAUUAAUGAAGACGAGGUUGAACUCUGUAAAAGGACUCAAGUCACUGUUGAAGAUCAGGCGAUGGAAAUUUCAUCAUUAAAGUAUCAAUUAUUCCAGACUGGGAAAUACGACUCUGGAAUGUCUAGAGAUCAGAACACAAACUCAGAUAAUGAAAACAUCAAAGAUUCGAUGAACGGUUCAGAAAAAAUUACUGAAGAAAUGAUAAGUCCCGAAAAAUCUUUAAGUCUCCAAAGUGGUGUACAGUCAAAUGGAGUUUUGGAAAGUGAAGAAAUGGAAAAACUAAAGAUCCUAUUGAGAGAAAAAGAUACAGUUAUAUCAGAGUUACAGACUAAUAAUUCAUCAUUAUUAAAAAUGCUAGAGACAAAGUCCAUUAAUUCAUUAGGAGAUAAAACUUUAGUUGACGUGCACAAACUAGAAAAUGAAGUAAAACAACUAAAACUCGAAAAAGAACAGAUCUUAGCGGUAAUGAAUGAAAAAUCUCGAGAGACAAGUAAUCUAAAAAGCGAAGUGCAUCGUCUGACAAAUAUCAUAGCAGCAGAAAAAGUUGCAUUGAAUAAAUUGCAGAAAGACAAUCAGGACCUGACUCAAAACAAGGAGAAGAGUGUCGUGGAGGACAUGCAGAAAGAGGCGCUUCAGAAUCUGUCGCGGAUAAUCCGGGACAAGGAUAUGGAGAUCGAGGCUCUGACCAGUAAGAACCAGACUCUCAUCGCAGUCAUGCAAGAGUCGUCAGAGAGCGGGUCACAGAUCAACUCACUCAUGCAGGAUAAAUCCAACCUGGAGAAGCAGUUGACCGACCUCAAGAACGAACGCGAGCAGAUGAUAACCUAUCUGAACCAGAAGCACCAGGAGAGCGUGGCCUACCACGCAGAAAUCCAGAGGCUGACCGAGUACAUUAAUGACGAGACGGAGAAGCAUCAGACUCUGCAGCAGAACUAUGCAGCCAUUGUGCCUCAGUUUGAAGAGAAGAGUGAAAACUUGCUGAAAACUCAGAAUGAACUGAUUAACUAUAAACAUAAAUUUCAGGAUUUGGAGAUUAAGUAUGGGGAAAUGGAUCAGCGACUGAAUGCAUCGGAAACUGUGGAUAUUCUGACACACAAUUUGAAACUUGAAGAAAUAAAGAGACUUCAGGAGAGGGAAAAAGAACUUUUGGACAGUAUCAAAGAAAAGGACGCUAAAGUUCAGACUCUUCACCAACAGAAUUUGGAGUACGAGGAAUCCCAUGCCAAACAAACAGCUGAAAUCUCCAGUUUGAAGAAACAACUGGAUAACAUGGCCUUUAAACUGCAAGGACUGCAGAGCGAGCUGAGUGAUGAAGGAAGCGAGAAAUCCGGUCUGGAACACCAAGUUUCUGAACAACUGUCCAACAUCCAGAUUCUGAAGGAGUCCAACAACCGGCUGACAUUGAUGCUUCAGGAAAAGGAGUUUGAAGUGAAGAGUCUACAGGAGAAGGUGCAGACCCUGCAGGCCGUGAUAGAAAACAAGGAGGGGGAGUCAGGCCAGGUCAACAAGCUAAUGCAGGAGAAUGAGGUCGUCCUGUCCCAGGCCAGGCAGCUACAGCAGGAGAGGGACCACGCCAUGAUGGCCCUCAAACAGAAGCAGUCAGAGCAGUCCCAACUGUUCAAUGAGAUUCAGAAACUAAAAGAAAAGGAUGUUAAAUCUCAAAGAGAAUUGGAACGAUUAAGAAGCCAUCUUAUGCAGAUGGAAGAUGGCUACACUCAGGAAGCCCUUGAGGCUGAGGAACGAGAAAAGGAUCUGAGGAAUCGACUUGCUGUCGCUGAGGAAAAAUUUAUAUCUUCGUCUUCAUUGAUGGAGUCAGCAAGCCAACAAGCAAACCAGCAGACGGAGUCCCUACAGCAGCAACUACACAUGCUGGCCGGUCAGCGAGAUCAAGCCUACCUCCAGGUGGCGUCCCUGCAGGACCAGCUACAGCAGUACGCGGUGUCCCUCAACAAUCUACAGAUGGUGCUGGAGCAGUUCCAACAAGAAAAAGAUGCCCAGCUCUCGCUUGAGGUGGAAAAGAACCAGAAUGAAAUUGCUGCACUCAGAAAGCAGGUCAACUCAUUGCAAACUGAGCUAGGUUCUACAAAGGAAAAGUUGGCCGAUGCAGAGGAAGGCUUAGAAGCAGCUUCGCGGUUGACAGAACAACUUGACAGGAAGGAAGAGGCAUUGUCUGCCCUGAAAGAAGAAGUUCAAAUCCGUGAGAAAUCAUUAAAGACUAUGGAGGAUGAAGUUCAUCGCUUGAGAGUUUCCACUGACAAUAAAAUUGAUAAGCUUGUCAUCAAGAACAUGUUGUUGAGUUACUUACUCUCCCCCAGAAAUAAACAGCCAGAAGUCCUGAGGGCAUUGGGAGGGAUACUAGGCUUCUCGGAGGAAGAUUUUGAAAAGAUCACUGGUACCUCCAAGAGCUGGGUGUCGGGGUUGUUGAGGUUCGGUGGCUCCCCAGCCCAUGCCACCCCCACCCCCACAACCCCCAUCAGAAAUGUCCCCACUCAUGUACAAUCCACACCAAAGGCUGAAACAUCAUUCUCAGAGCUGUUUGUGAAGUUCCUGGAGACUGAGUCGUCUCCCACUCCUCCCGUCAUGAAGCUCCCAGCCGAGGACAUGGCUCGAGACGUCCAGCGCCAUAAACAGGCCCAGAAAGACAGUUACAAUCCAUUUACUGCCCCCCGCCAUGUUUCCAUGCCUGGGGGUGGGGCAAGUGAUCAUAGGAGCUCCCCAAUCCUCAUGUCAGGUGCUCCUAUGUCGCCAAUGACCUUGUUUGCCCCAGCAACAACCCCUCAACUUCAGUCCAGUGAUGGACAAACGACCACACAGAACACUUCUAGUGCAAUUCUUAAAAAUGUUCUUGAGACCAGAUAACAUGAAGCACUUGUUAUUUAUUUAUUUUGUUGAUUAAAUAUGUACUUUGUAGGGGUCAAACCAUCAAUAAGUUUUACAUGAAUUUUCAUUGGGUGUUUGUGUGAUACAUGUAAUAGUUUAAUGCGAUGAACAUGCAUUUUCUUAUAUGGAGCUGGUCAAUUUGAAAAUCAGGUUGGCACAUGCUGCAUUGUGAUUUUAGAUGCAUCACUGGUCAAUGAAAGACUUGGUGUCUGGAAGCUUUAUUUUUAUAAAAUGAUGAAUUAUGUUACUGUAUAUAUUCACCAUAAAUUUUAUGAAAAUGUAUAUACAAUAUGUGAACUUUAACUGCAUUUUUGUCAUGUAUGCAGAAAUUGGGACACUAUAAGAAAAUGAAGGUAUUACCACAAAUAAUAAAAGAAAGAAAAAAAUAUUUGAAUAAAAAUAUUUAAAAUUUA